AUGAAGCACGUCCAUCGGCCAUCUCACCUUCACUUCACGGCCUUCUCAGUAUCAACCACCAUCACCUUCAUUUCUCCGAUCCCCGACAGCCAUUCGUUCCAGGACAACCGCGGCAAUCCGUCAUCCAAGAUGUAUUCCAUCCCGGUGCUCGUUCUACUCCCCUUUGCCAUAGCGGCACCCGCCCUCCCCGGUCAAUACGCGCCAUCGGAAGUCUGUUACCUCACUCACAUCGAGACAAGCACCUGUGUCCCGAUAACCGAAUAUUCUUCCAUGACCGCGCCUCCCACCACCAUUCCGACUUUCCCUACCGCGAACGUCUCAACUUUGCCUACCGGGAACUUUUCAGUCCUCCCAACUUCUUUGCCUACCGGAAACCUUUCAGUCCUCCCAACUUACUCUUUGCCUACCGGCAACUAUUCAGUCCUCCCCACAAACUCUUCGAUCAUCCCUCCGUUCACUAUAACACCCGCCGCAAGCCAAACUUCCUAUGCCGGAAACUCUUCCAUCAUCCCUGCGGCCACCAUAACCUCCACCGCAAGUGAGACGUACCCUGCUGGAAACUCAUCGGCUACCUCGACUUUGGGAUCCGGGACAGCCAGCUACGUGGAUCCCGAGGCAACAGAGACCAUACCCAGUGGCCUGGUCAUCACGGUUAUCCAGUCUGCCUCGUCGACCACCGCAAACGUCUCAGCGACCGCAACAAGCAACUACAUUACCCUCUCGGCAACCAGCUCUUCCAUCUCCGUCGAAGUGAGCAGCUCUGCUGCCGUGGAUCCGAUUUCCGCAAAUGGUACGACUUCAUCUGCGUCUUACUCAUUCACCGAGUCUGCGACCCCGUCCGCUACGGAGUCCUUCACAUCGGCCAAUAUCACGUCCCGACAUGUCUCUAUUCCAGCCGCCACCACGACUGGGAAUUCAAGCGUCUCUGCCACCGAGUCUGCCACUCUGGUCGUUCCCAUCGAAAGCAGCUCCUCCGCAGCGACCUCCACCAGAUCCUCCGUCUCCGCACCCUUCCCCACGAGCAGCGGUAACACCACGGCACCGCCCGGCGUCACGAUCCACGGAUUCAACUACGCAGGCACCGGCUGCAGCGACAGCUCGGUAUCCUCGUACCUGUCGCCCGACAAGUCGACGCUCACACUGGCCUACGACGACUUCGUGGCGCAGUCGGGCCCGAACUUGACGGCCGCGGAGGCGCGCAAGAAUUGCCAGCUGAACGUCGCCCUCACGUACCCGGGCGGCUGGCAGUUCACCGUCUUCAAGGCCGACUUCCGCGGCUACGCCGGAUUGGCUACUGGUAUCGAGGGCGCAGUCCGGGCCCUCUACUACUUCUCGGGACAGUCGCAGCAGGUCGCGAGCACCCAGUUUCUCCAGGGUCCCAUCAACGCCAACUUCAUCAAGACGGAUCAGUUCAACCUCCAAAGUGAGAUCUGGUCGCCUUGCGGCCAAGAAGCAUCCCUCAACAUCAACGCCGAGAUCCGCAUUGAUCCCCUGGUGUCGGAGAACCCGGGUCUUAUGACGUACGACUCGACCGACCUGAAGUUCACUCAGGUCCAGUACCUUGUGUGGCAGCAGUGCACCGAGUAG